AUGGCGGCCAAGGUCAACAUGGCGGCGUUUGGCGGCGCACACACGGCGGGCAUCUUCUCGGACAUGACCGUCGACGGGCCGGUGAUAGGGACGCUGGUGGCCAUCAUCGACCGCGCGCGCAACCUGCCCAACAAGCGCACCAUGGGCAAGCAGGACCCCUACUGCGCCGCCCGCCUCGGCAAGGAGGCCAAGAAGACACACACGGACAAGCGCGGGGGGCAGACGCCCAAGUGGGACCAGGAGCUGCGCUUCACCGUCCACGACUCGCCCGACUACCACCGCAUCAAGGUCUCCGUCUUCAACGACGACCGCAAGACGGAGCUGAUUGGCGACACCUUCAUCGCCCUGCACCCCGUCAUCACCCCGGGCGGCGGCCAGUCCGACGGCUGGCACGUCCUCGACUGCAAGGGCAAGUACGCCGGCGAGAUCCGCAUCGAGUUCACCUACUACGACACGCGCCCCAAGGCCGACAAGGCCGUGGCCGAGAAGAAGAGGGAGACGCCGCACCCAGACCCCCAGAGCCCCGCCGUGGGAGGCCCGCGAGGCGCCCGCGAGAGCGCCCCCAUCAAGAGACGCCCGCUGCCCUCGGACCCCACCGCCGCCGCGCCCUCGCCCGUGAGCACGCCCGAGCACCGCGGACUGCAGGGCGUGCGCGCCGGCCCGCGAGAACUCGGCUCGCCUCGACACCGCCAGGAGCCCAGCCGCCGGCCGGUGCCGGAUGCCUCGCCCGUCAGCCUGGUCGCUGCCGUGCCCAGUGCUGCCCCCGUCCCCGUCCCCGCCUCCACGCCCACCACCCCGGCACGCCACCAGCCCCAGGACCCCUACACGCCGCCCGACCCGCGCGCCUCGAACCCCGCCCUCGCCCACCACGGCGACGCCUACGACCUGUCCUACGCCGCGCCAAAGCCGUACGAGGUGAAGCCCGCCGACGCCCUGCCGCGCCACCUCACCGACGCCGCCCACGGCAGGACCAUGUCGCACGACGACGCCCGCGCCCCCAGACCCCACGCCCAGCCGCUCAGCGAGCCCCUCCACUCGCACUCGGCGCCCGUCCUGCCCACCCAGCACGCGUACGAGCCCGAACAGCGCUUCGCGUCGUACGCCCAGGACCCGUACGACGACGCCUCCUACCACGUAGCCCCGCUGCGGUCGAGCCGGAGCAACCUGCGCAGCCAGGAGCACGCCCCGCCCGUCGACUACCGCCCCAACGGCUACAUCGAGGCCGCCUCGCCCUACGACGACAGCCACUCGCCUCGGAGGCAGAGCGCCAUGCAGCCGACGGUAGAAGACGAGGACUUUGACCUGCCGCCUCCACCUCCAGCGCACAGGAAGAACGCCGCCACGCUGCCCCACAGCUUCGCCCGCCACCCGGAGCAGUCGCCCGAGCCCAGCUACGACCUGCAGCGCCAGUCCUAUGCCCCCGACUACGACUACCGCCAGCCGGGCGAACGGCGCUACACGCACCCGCGUCCGACUGUCCAGUCCAACAGCCGGCCCGUCUCGCGCGACACGAUGGCGCCCUCGCCGCUCAGACAGGAGACGUCGCUGCCCGCUGCCCUUGUCGCUGGCCUGGACGCGUCUCGACGGGAGCGGGAUUCGUACCAGACGCCUCCAGCCUACGAAAUGCCCCCGCGCCCAGCCUACGAGACGUUGUCGCAAACACCGCCACGCCUGCGCCAGUACUCGGAGCCAGCCGACUACCGGGCACCGCCCCAGUACACAUCGCCCGUACAGCCGCACGAGCUCGUCCACUACCAGGCCCAGCCCUCUCAGGAUUCGUACUACGAGCACGACCCCCCAGAGGAGCCGCGACGGAGGUCUCCUCUCGAAGAAUUCGCCCCCAUCUACAAGCCUCGCGCCCACAGCCCCAACCCCAGCCCGCGACACUCGCCCAACCCGGCCAGCGAGCGUGCAUCGCGCAUGGCCGGGCGAAGCAUGCCCACCCGCAAGUCGGUCUCGCCGCGCCCACCGCCUCCGGAAGAAGAGCCUGGCCAGCGCCGGCUGUCAGGCGUGCCCUUUGGCCCAGACGACUUCAACGUCCUCAAUCCCUCGCUCGCCAAGCCAGCGGGCGACGAGCCAGAGCGGCCCGGCAGCAGCAUGGAGUACAACGACAAGGGCCAGAUUGUCACCUUCAGCGGACGCGUCGUGGACGCCUCUGACCACCUGCCUAUUGACAACUGGGCGCCCGAGCCCGAGCCCAAGGGCACCGUCAAGGAGAAGGCGCCCCGCAUCCGCGCCCAACUCAACGGCAGCCGGGGCUUGCAGGAGGCGCAGGCGCGGGAGGACAAGUACCGCCGCGACCGCGAGGAGCGCGACCGCAUUAGGAGCGCCGCAGACGUUACCUUUGGAUCCGCAGAGGCCGUCCCGAGCCAGGCGCUGGUCAUGACCCGCCGGCAGCCCGACUUCGACACGUCCAACGCCCUCGUCCUCGCCGACCGUGACCACGGCUACGACAGCCGGCGUCCACAGUCGCGCGGGUAUGAAUCCACCACGCGCUCCCGCGAGGCGCUGCGCGAGCGACACACGCCCAACAGCUACGGCAGCUACAGCAGCCGCCACGCGGGCGCGCCGCCCAUCCCCGCCAAGAUUCCCCUCGACCGUGGCAUGCAGAACGAGGACGUUGCCCUCAGCCUCGAGCUGCAGAGCAUCGACAUUGGGCCCGGCAGCGGCGCGCGCAGGCCCCGCACCCGCGGGCGAGAGUACGGCGCCUACAUUUGA